AAAAAACUUCACUUCGUCCUCCGGAGCCCUCUACCACUCCCCUCCGCGUCGCGCUAUGCUUUUUAUGCAGAACGAAGGUGCCCCCACCCCGUCUGAGUCUGACUACUCCAAGCUGUCUGCGGUUGGGAGAGUUCAGGACGGUUACACUGUUUUUCCUGAGGAGGUAGUCCGAGGCACCGGCACAGCCUCUUCGACAGUGGAAGACCCGGCGCAGCAGGAAGGUCGCGCAGCCGCCGGAGCAGCGUCGGGUGUGAACGUAUCCGUGCGCUCGUCUGCUGCGGAACACAUGAACGACUUUGUCGGGCGGGGGUCCUCCGAAAUUCACAGCUACGAAACAUAUCCCGAGACAGCACUAAAAACACUCGACGUGGCACAAAAAUCGUCCGAGAGCACUCAUGCUCCUCCACAGUCCACUGAAGAUGCACAGGCCUCAGUCCAAUCGUUGCGCGCGGGUCUUGCCGAGCGGAGGGAUCGCGAGGACGAGAACGGAAGUGCAACGACUGGGAAAAUAAACAAAGAUGACGCCAGCGCGGCGGGUAUCAUUGACGAGUCAGAGCACGAAGAAGACCAAGACGUAGACGGCACAGGUUCGCCACGACAAGGUCCGGAUAACACGACUCCAGAAGUCGUGGACGAGUUGGUUAGAAGGGAUGCAGAGGACGAUGAAGGCAUCGUUGACGAGAUGGAUCCGGAAAUGGACGAGGCUGAGGCAGUCGAGAACGCGGGGGAUGACGGCUUUGUCGGGGAAGAUGUCGACCAGGAGGAUGUUGAUAACGACGAGCCAAACGAACCUUCGGUUGUCGAGGAUUACGAAGAUGCUGAUGAAAUUUUGCCGCAACCGGGCGACGACGGCACAGAUCGCGACGGAGACGAGGAGGAAGCGCGGCGAACCCGGGAACAGAAGCGCAGCUUUUAUUUGCAGAGUGCCGAUGGACAGAUCCAGGCGCUCGGCGACGACGCGAUAAAAGCGAAGCUUGCCGCGCCUUUGUUCGGUCGGGACGCCGGGGGAUGCAGUGAUAGUCUGAUCGUUCCGGCAAAGUGCGUCCGAAAUUGGUUUUUUUGUGCUCCCAGUCGUCAGCAGAUGCUCGCAGACCACAACCUUCCAGCGACUCGGGGCUGGAAGCUAACUGGUGAGGGAGCGCCACGGGCUUUCGAAAGUUCUCUCCUGUCGUUGGGAACUGUCGAAGGUGACAGAAGCUGCUCGUUCGCGUACCAAUCUCGGCAGAAACUGCUCGACCGCAUGGGCUCGGUGCUAGAGCACGUCGUUCGCAGUGACAAUGGCAUCGCGCACGGAGAGCAUGCAGCCAAUUUUGCGGAACGGCCAACCGUUCUAGGGGGUCGGGGAGAGUAUCCGUGCCCAUCGGUGCGCCGCAUCACGCGAUCACUCGGCAAUGGACAAAACGGAUUUGCGUCUCCAGUGGAAUUGUCACCCUCGCACUCGCGCCGCCUUCGCACUUUGAUGCAUGAUUCCCAUGACAGGAAUCUUAACCCUGAUGAAAAAGGUGACGGUGACGUGACAGAAAACGCUCAAACGGGGGCGACGUGGUCUCCGUCCACCAUGGUGGACGCGAAAGCUGCUGAUGCCCGCUCAGUGUGGCCCCUGGAAAGGCAGGCGCGUGCUUUGCAGAAGCUGCACAGGGAGCAGCUGGGCGAGUUUUGCAAGCGCAACCAGGAAGGAAAAUUCGCUUUGUCAUCCUUGUUUGAUUCGCCCGACGAUCGCAACAACGCCGAGCCCGAAGACAGCGAAAACACCGCACGCGACCGAUGCGAGAAGCGGCGCCGAAAAAUUAGCUCUUGGACGGUGCCUGAACAGGUAUUGAACCACUCCGCAAUCACAGUGUUCCAAGAACAUCCGACUGAAAGCGCGAUGGUAUUCGGCACCGAGUCCGGGAAUUGGCACGUAGCGAGGAGGGCAAGGGGGACCUCGUCGGAACAAGAAGACACAGUCGACGAUGUGGCAUCUUCGAAGGAUGACGAGGCGAAGGGGGAGAAAGACCAGUACACGGUGUCUUUCACCCGGCAACACGCGCACCACGCCCCGGUCACGUCCCUCUCGUGCCACCCUCGCGGAAGAGUUUUACUCACAGCAUCAGCCGAUAGAUGUCUCCACCUAUGGGAUUUUCCAACAGAAGGAGAGCUAGAGGGUAAGAUUCGAAGGAUAGAAAUGAGGAUAGGUAGGAUAGAAAUCGAUGUCGUACCUUCUCCACAUGCUCGUCUUUUGUUUCAACGCAAGGGAAAGAAACAGUCUCACGACAAUUCAUGCGGCACAAGUGAUUGUGAAUCUCAACCCAACCUUUAUCGAUCUGGCACAGGUGCUUCAACCGUGGAGGAAGGACACCAGAAACUCCCACGAGACCCGGUCCUUUCCCACGCUUCGGCGCACAUGUCUCACUGUACGGCAUUUCACGACUUCUCUGAUUUUUUCGCCUCUGCCGACAGCGACGGGAACAUCCGUGUUUGGGAUGUGAAUCGUGGGUUCACGCGGGGGCCCUGUGUGACCAUUUUCGGGCACAAGGCCGAAGCGCGGUCAGUUUGCUUCGAGCACUUCGGAAACGAGAUGGUGUCCGCCAGCGGCGACGGAACCGUUUCCCUGUUGGACAUGCGUAGCGGCCUGUGUGUUGCAACGUGGGAACAUGCGGAGGUUUCCUCUUCUAUUAGGAGCCGCAUCCCGCCUCAAAGCCAGUCGCGCGGACAGACCAGAGAAGACCACCUUCGAGUUGCUUCAGCCGCGCGAUAUGGUAAAAAGCAUCAGCUCCCGCUGUCGUCGCUGAAGAUGCCGGUGGAGUUCGAGGGCGUUAACCAUGCCUGUUUUUCGCCAUCUAACGACUUGAUUCUGUCCACCGCGGUCCAAGGGACCUGUCGACUGUGGGACAGACGGUUCGUGCGCAACAAACAGGAGCUCAUACGCCUCGACUGCGAAGGGAGCCCCGCUUUUAAGGCGUGUUUCGACUGGGGCACCAUGGGGACGAGAAAUCAGGUCGCCGUGUGCUGCCCCAGGGAAGUAUUGGUUUUCGACAUUCGGGAGCAAACUUUCCUUGGAGCGCUCGCGGUCCCAAGAAGUGCGACUUUGCCUUCAAGCAAACGGUUCUCCGAUGUUGGCUUUUUCAAAGAAAAUCGUAGCCUCACAGCAACGUGCGGAAACAGUUUCGUU